GACUUUCGAGGGAUCGGAUAGUUCUCGGCAGUAAGCAAAAUGGCGUCAUUGUGGAUGGUGAUGUCGUUGACGGUUUCGUUAUUUUUAACACCUUUUCUUAUGUUUUUGCUUGCCAUUAUAUUUUUGGCUUCUAUUGGAAAGUCACUCGGCGUUAGAAGAUUAUACAUAAAAUUGUUGUUAGCACUUUUCGAGUAUGGCAGACAAAACAUCGAGUAUGUCAAGAAGAGGAACGGUACGUGGAAUGAACCGGACGACGAGGAACACGAGCCACUAGUUGAAAAGCAAAACGUGCCAAAUUGUAUAGGAACCAAACGCAAAAUGCAAAACGGCGUUCUGGGUAACACCGUGAUAGCUAGGUCGAAAGACUUGAUUCUGGUGCCAGAGCCAGAGACCCAAAAUCACAAAAAUGACCUGGAGGAAUCCAAGGCAGAGACAUCUGAAACGUCGGCAGUCGUUGACAAGAAUGAGGGUCUCGUUCCCACGGAUUUCUUUGGGACAUUUCAGAAGGAAUUUGAAUCUGCAAUUUGUUUGGAUUACAUAAAAGCUGGUGUGGAAGCUAUCAUUGAAGAUGAGGUGACCUCUCGUUUUGAAGCAGAAGAGCUCAAGAACUGGAAUCUAUUAACACGGACAAACAGACAAUAUGAAUUUAUUUCCUGGAAGUUAACUGUGAUAUGGAUGUUUGGAUUUAUUAUGCGAUAUUGCUUCCUUCUUCCUUUGAGGAUAUUCAUUUGCUUCAUAGGGGUACAGUAUCUUGUAAUCACAACAUUUUGUAUUGCCCUACUACCAAACGGUUUUAUUAAAAAAUGGGCGUACAACAAGGCUAGCCUCGUCGCGUUCAGACUAAUAGCCCAAUCUAUAUCGGCUAUAAUUACAGUCCAUAAUAACGAAUAUAAACCAAAAACUGGAGGCAUGUGUGUGGCAAAUCACACUUCCACAAUUGAUGUGUGCAUCUUAUCCACACAGACAACAUUCUCUUUGGUAACAGUGCCCUGUAACUUUGCUUUGCAGGUGAUGUGGCUGACAGUAUGUACAGCAGUAGUGGGCUACGUUCCAGAGGGUAGUUUCAAACGAUGGCUGAAUUUCAAAGUUUCCAUAAUGUGCUUCAGUGUCUUGUCGAGCGCUCUAUCGUCAGUAAUCACAUACCAUAACCCAGAGAAUCGACCAGUAAGGGGUAUAUGUGUGGCUAAUCACACUUCCCCCAUUGACGUUCUGGUACUCAUGUGCGACAAUUGUUACUCUUUGAUAGGUCAAAGGCAUGGAGGAUUCUUGGGAAUUCUUCAAAGAGCUUUAGCUCGUGCUUCUCCUCAUAUAUGGUUCGAACGAUCCGAAGUUAAAGAUAGAGAAGCAGUAGCAAAGAGGUUGAAGAAGCAUGUGUCCGAUCCUACAAAUCCACCGAUUCUUAUUUUCCCAGAAGGAACAUGUAUAAAUAAUACAUCAGUUAUGCAGUUUAAGAAGGGCAGUUUUGAAGUUGGUGGCGUUAUUUAUCCAGUUGCAAUAAAGUAUGACCCAAGGUUUGGUGAUGCUUUCUGGAAUAGUAGUCGAUAUUCAAUGAUACAAUACUUAUAUAUGACUAUGUCAAGUUGGGCUAUAGUUUGCGACGUCUGGUAUCUUCCUCCAAUGUACAGAAAUGAAGGAGAGAGCGCUAUCGAUUUCGCAAAUAGGGUAAAAUCUGUGAUAGCAAGACAAGGGGGUUUGGUUGACUUACAGUGGGAUGGUCAACUUAAAAGAAUGAAACCAAAAAAAGAAUGGAGGGAAAAGCAACAAGAGGAAAUUAGUAAACGACUCAAAGUCCAAUGAAUCGAGACAUUUCUAGUCGCACCUUCACGAUCGAUAUAAUGUGUGAUAUUUUGCUUAAUCAAGGACAUUUCAUCUGAUGUGCUGUUUUGUAUCUUUUCGUCGGUAUCAGUCCGAUAGGAGAAAAAUAGUCUGUAUGCAUGAUUCAAUCUGUUUACUUUCGCAAAUAUGGUACGUUGAAUUUUAUUAAAUUAUCUUUUUAUCUUAUUAAAUUAUAUUUUAACAUUAUUUUCGUAAAUAAAUUAUAUUUUUUUAUUAUUAUAUCAAAAUAUAAUUUUUAUAGCCAAGUAACGACAUAGUCGUUCCUAAAACCAAUUUAUUGUAAUUUAAAACGUUGAUUAAUAUUGUCAUUAAAUUGAAUAACUAAACUGUUUUACAAGUACCAUAUUUGUCCAUUUUUAAUAAUGAAAUUCAAUAAUAAGGGAUUAUAAAUUUAUUAUUUAUACAUAAUGAAAUCUGGAAUGGUAUGUCAUGAUGUGAAAUAUUUUCCGUGUAUGAGUGUAUGUAACAUCAACGUCAUCCCACUCGUGAUCCUACAUAUUUAGGUCACCCCAUUAUCUCAUUAUUUUGAUAGAUGGACAAAAUCCAUUUGAUAUUAUGUAGGAGAAAUUGCAUUUCUUUCUUUUUGUAAAAAUGAUAUAGAAAAAUAUUACUGUCUCUACUGUAGUCUAAAAAAUAAACUAUUUAUUCAUAUUUGUCAAUGAAGGAAGUUAGAAUAUGUCAGGGUUAAUAUUGUUGUACCCAUCCCUUGGAGAUUAUUUAAAGUGUCACUAUGCAUUGCAAUCUAAUUAAAAUCGUAUUUUACAUAUUUUCUAUUUUUAUAAUUCACAUCAUCGAAAUUCAAAAAAAAAAACAAUAGUGGAUGUGCACGCGUGAGUUUAAAUGUAGAAUUCUUUAACUUGAACAUUUUUUACCAAAACAAGAUCAUAGACUUCACUCACUACACAUGCAGUACUGUUAAUAUUUUAUUCAUUUUUUAGACGACAAUUUGAUUAA